GGGCAAGGACCGGGAGAGGGAAAGGGAGGGCGCGGAGCUCGCCGCCGCUCCGGAGCUGUGGCAGUGCGGCUAGCCUGGGCGGCAGCGGGGCCCUCGCCCACCCGGGAGCGGGAGCGCCUCCGCCACCGCCGCUCCGCCAGCGCCGCGGAGCCCCCGCCGGCCAUGGAGCUCUCCCUGCGGCUGCUCCUGGCGUCCUGCCUCUCGCUAGGGGCGGCCGGGGAGUUUGACAGAAGGUGGCCCAGACAAAUGCUCUCAUCUUCUGGACUGUGUCGAUUUGGAAGCAGAAUUGACUGCUGCUGGGGCUGGGCCCGAGUGUCCUGGGGACAGUGCCAGCCGUUCUACGUCUUAAGGCAGAGAAUAGCCAGCCUAAGGUGCCAGCCCAAAGCUAUAUGCCAGCCAGGGUGCAAACACGGUGAAUGCAUUGGGCCAAACAAGUGUAAGUGCCACCCAGGAUACACUGGAAAAACCUGCAACCAAGAUCUGAAUGAGUGUGGACUAAAGCCACGGCCAUGCAAACACCGGUGUAUGAAUACCUAUGGCAGCUACAAGUGCUACUGUCUGAACGGCUACAUGCUUAUGCCAGAUGGAACCUGCUCAAAUGCCCUUUCUUGCCUGAUGGCAAACUGUCAGUAUGGCUGUGACGUACUGAAAGGGGAAGUGCGCUGCCGCUGUCCUUCUCCAGGGCUGCAGCUUGGGCCUGAUGGCAGGACUUGUGUAGAUAUUGAUGAGUGUGCUACUGGGAGGGUUCUCUGUCCACGGUUUAGGCACUGCGUCAAUACUUUUGGAAGCUACAUUUGCAGGUGUCAUAAAGGCUUUGAUCUGAUGUACAUCGGAGGCAAAUACCAAUGCCAUGAUAUAGAUGAAUGUUCCCUUGGCCACCAUCAGUGUGGUAGUUUUUCACACUGCUACAACGUUCCAGGAUCCUACAAAUGCAAGUGUAAAGAAGGGUACAGAGACAAUGGAACAAACUGCAUACAAAGGCCAGUGACCAGGCCAACAGCUUGGCCGACACCCCGGCUGACAGUUCAUCCUACCCCUGGGCCAGCAACUCGUCCUACGCCUGGGGCAACUCAACCUGCACCCAGGACAACAACUCGACUGACACCCAAGCCAACCACGAGAUACAUGCCAGUGACAACAAGGCCAGUCACGACACCAGUGACAGAGCCUCCAACACCGCCUCAGCCUACAACAGUAAGACCUACACUACCACCACAAAGAACUCCUCUGGUAACAACUGAAGAGCCUUCACAUGUUCCCAUUGAAACUACAUCUUCCCCAGGAGUUAUAGAUGACAACAGGAUCCAGCCAGAUCCUCAGAAACCCCGAGGAGAUGUGUUCAUUCCACGCCAGCCUGGAGUGAGCAAUAAUCUGUUUGAAAUACUUGAAAUUGAAAGAGGGAUUACAGCUGAUGAAUUUGAAGCAAAUGAUGACCCAGGUGUGCUGGUGCACAGCUGUAAUUUUGAUAGUGGACUGUGCGGAUGGAUCAAGGGCAAAGAUGAUGACUUGCACUGGGAACCAGUGAGAGAUGCAUCAGGGGGACAGUAUCUUACCAUCUCUGAUCCCAAGAGCAAAGAAGGAGGAGUAGCACAUAUUAUCCUGCCCUUGGGUCACAUGGCUCAGGCUGGAGACUUGUGCCUGUCCUUUAGGCAUAAAGUGCCUGGGCUGCAUUCUGGUGCCCUCCAAGUCUUUGUGAGGAAAAAUGGUGCUCAUGGCCCAGCUGUCUGGGGAAGAAAUGGUGGCCAUGGCUGGAGACAGACACACAUAACUUUACGGGGACUGGGCAUCAGGAGUAUAAUUUUCAGAGGUGAGAAAGGGAAAGGAAGAACCGGAGAUAUUGGACUAGAUGAUGUGGUCUUGAGGAGAGGACGCUGUUCUGAAGAGCAUUAGCCAAGACAAUGGACCAGCAAUCAUCUCCUCUUGCCCUUCUCAUGCAAUUCUGCCAAACUUUGAAACAGAACUGCAUGGAAAAGAAGAAAAAAGUGGGAGAGCAACAACUUCUUAGUGGUCUGCUAAGUGCAAUCUCAUGGAAAUUUCACUUAAAUACAUGGAGAGCACCUCCCAGGAUUGAGAAAAUCCAAGCUCCGGCUGGUUCUUUCUAUUAAUCCUUACCCCUAAAUCAUAUUUUGUAUGUAAUAACUUUUUCCCCUGUUAGGGCUGGUGAGUGCUCACAGAAAGAGCACUUGUGAAAAAGGGAGAAUUGAUCACAAAUGGUGGCAAAAGAAAGCUCCAUCUCAAAGUUUCAAUGUUAACUGAUAGUCAUUAUCUUCCCUUAGUGCUACUCUUUCAUUGAUUAAUUUGUGUGAGUCACAUUGGAUUAGUGAAAGCCUGGACCUGAACUUUGGCUUACUGCCACUAACCUUUGGAAGAAAGGUUUGUCAUAUAUGAAAUAGCAUUUAUUUUGCUGUUGCAUCUGUAUUAACCAAAACCAGUUAUAGAGAGUAGGCAUUGCAUCCUGUAAUAUUGCUUGUGCUCUGUUCUGUGUAUAUGUGUAUGGUUAACAUAUUUAUGUUUUUAGUAUUUACAGACUGUAGUUGCAGGGUAAUUGGCAGCUGUACUUUCUUUUUGUACGAGACAGGCAUUCAGCAUCUUCUUCAAUGCUGCUGGUCAUGCCAAGUUACCAAAGUCAGUUAAUGGUGCUCACUGAAAAAUGCUGGUGCCAUUUUUCGUGUUGUAAUGUCCUGAAGGCAAAAGACCAAGCACUUCCCUGCUGUAAACUGGCCUCUGAAAAUGCUGUACAAGUUUGCAUCGAGCUCACACGCACGCCCUAAAGGGCUCUCAGUCCUGCAAGAAGCUCCUGGUUCAGCUGAAGACUGAGCAGCCAGGAAAAGAUGAACUCGGAUCUUGUAAGGCUGAGCCUGUUGACACUGCCAGGAAUGAUCCCUUCCCACAGGUGCCACAAGUCUCCGCAUAAGGGAAAAGGGCAGCUGCAUUAACACUGUACAAACAAUUCAGACUGUGAAAUGCCUCGAGUGAUCUUUGCCAAAUGUCCAUACUCUACCCAAUCUUCUGUAUAGAAUAAGCAUUUUAUUCUUUAGAACUAGAACAACUAUUAGGUCUAGUGGGAACUAAGGAUUUAUCAAAACUUUGGACUAAUUUUAUAGCUAUGUAUCAUGCAUGUGCUGUGCAGUUUCCCAGUUUCUUCUGUUUGGUGUGGAAUUUUUUAAGUGGGCUAUCACCACUGCUAGCAAUUCUAAAAUUGAUAAAGUAACUAUAACAUGUUAAGAAAAUGACAAAAGAUUGGUAAAAUGUUGUUAGUGGUGCAGCCUUAAAGCUUCAAAAUACGUGUAGAAGAUCUCAGUACAGUGUAAAAUAAAUGUCAGCUGCAUAGCAUGUUCAGUCUUGUACAAAGCUCACAGACACAGAAUUGCAAGACCAGUAGAGGUCAUAUUCCAAAUCCCAGUUUCUGACAAAGUACCAGUCUGAGAAUACUUUUCCCAUUUGUCCCCUAGGACGAAACAGCGUGUGUAGAGCAGACGUGUAUGUGACCAAACAGAGUCUCCUGCAAAACUGUAUCAGCAAACAUUUUGAAAAGGAAAAAAGCAACGCAUUUGUAAACAUUAAAUUUUAAACUAUUUUGCUUCAAAUAUGAUUAUGAUCUUUUUUUCUUAUGUUACUUUGUGAUGUGUCAGAAAUAUCUGUGAAUAGUUGAAAACCUUGUCCUUAUUUUAAAGUAAUCAGUAAAAGAGACUGUUACUUGCUACUAA